UGUCUUUCUUUGUGUUUACGUUCCGCGUCUCCGUCACUAGGAGUCCUUAUCGGGAGCACGUACCCAUAUUUGUCCGUUUAGUUACUAGUUCGUUAAACGGGUACGUUCUACUAGUUCCCCUAAUUGUUUUUGUGUUCAUUCCCAAAUCGAAAUGAAACGAGAAGUCGUCGAAGACAAGGGCGAGAAACUCGAGCCGGAACAGUUCAGAAAGUUGUUCAUCGGCGGUCUGGACUUCCGCACCACCGACGAGUCGCUGAAGAAACACUUCGAACAAUGGGGCGAGAUCGUGGACGUCGUCGUGAUGAAGGACCCCAACACCAAACGGUCCCGCGGCUUCGGUUUCAUCACUUACUCGAAGGCUUAUAUGGUGGAUGACGCGCAGAACGCACGGCCUCACCGUGUCGACGGUAGAGUUGUGGAGCCCAAACGGGCUGUGCCAAGACAAGACAUUGGCCGGCCUGAAGCUGGGGCCACUGUGAAGAAGCUCUUUGUUGGGGGCUUGAAGGAAGAUGUUGAAGAGGAGGAUCUGAAGGAAUGUUUCAAAUCUUAUGGUAGCAUUUUGUCUGUCACUAUUGUUGUUGACAAGGAAACUGGCAAGAAGAGAGGGUUUGGGUUCAUUGAAUUUGAAGACUAUGAUCCUGUUGACAAAAUAUGUUUGGUUCGUAACCAUAAUAUAAAAGGCAAACAUGUAGAUGUCAAAAAGGCGCUGAGUAAAUCGGAGAUGGAUCGCGCGAACGGCGGCGGUGGCGGCCCUAUGGGCGGACGAGGUGGUCGUGGAGGUCCCCGAGGCGGUAACUUCCAAUCCAGCGGCAACGGAGGCGGUUGGAACAACCGAGGAGGUGGCGGAGGCCCGUCUGGCGACUGGAACUUACCGCAACAGAACCAGGGCGGCGGCGGCGGCGGUUACGGUAACGGACCGUGGCAAAGUGGACCUUGGGAUAAUCAGGGCGGCAAUUGGAAUCAAGGCGGCCAGGGCGGUUAUAGCAACCAAGGAGGACAGGGUGGCGGCAACAGCUGGGGCGGUCAAAACGACUUCGGCAACAACUACCAGCAGGAAUUCACUCCAGGCGCCAUGCGUAACAACUAUCAGCAACAGAGACCGGCGCCGUACAAAUCGUUAAAGCCAGUAGGUAGCAAGACGCAUUAUUGAAAGGCACCGGAGGGGGCGGCUACGGAGGCGGUGGCUACGGCAGCCAUAACGGCAACGUGACUGGGGCGCCGACCAACAGGAGAUUCUAAAUAAUAACAUGUAAGUGCAACUGGUUUUGCGAAACGGAACGCCAGGUGUACAAAUUUAUAUAGAGUUUAUAUACAUAUAUAAUCAUAUCUUGGUCCCAUGGACGAAAGUAUUAUUUAGUUAAAAUUCGAAGUACAGUUACUAAGAAUAAAUUAAUCUAACCUGCCAAAUUGAUGGUUUGGCACUUUCACGAAUUGACCCCAACGGAGGUGUUUGCACAAAAUUCUACUUACACAAUUGACUAUUGAAUUGAAUUUGGACGAACUGAUGGAUUUACCUUGUGUAAGUUACUAAUUUCUUUCAUAAAGAAGCGAACAUAUCACACAGAAUCGAUUUGGGCGUCCGCAAAACGUGCUUUCUUCCCUGUGCAAUACAAAAUUAAAUUACUGCAAGACCUCUGUUGAUACACUGCUGUUUCGAUAGUUUAAUAAUUUUUUGUAAGACACUUUAUGUAGUGGUUUAUCAUUUUUAAUUUUAUAUGUGAGAAAUAAAUAUAGGUGACUUGAACAUUACGCGUUUAGGUUUAGGCUAAUGUAUUGUAAAUGUAUUUAAUUAUUUAUUAAAGGUAAUGAGAUAGUAA